GUAAGGGUGGUACAUCCAUCAAAGUGCGACAUAUUCUUUGUGAAAAGCAAUCAAAAGUAUUGGAAGCAUUAGAAAAAAUUAAUAGUGGAAUGAAAUUUGAUGAAGUUGCACGUAUACUUAUUCGGAAGAUAAAGCUCGACAUGGAGGUGAUCUUGGCUGGAUGA